AUGGCAGGUGGAGGACAGCCCGUUGGGCCUGGCAUGUUCAAGGCUGCCCUAGCCGACACACCUAAAGAAGCCUUCAAUUGGCGACUUAUGAUCAGCGUUAUUUGCUUUGGACUCAUGGGCGCUGCUAGAGGUUUAGAUGAAGGUCUUAUCGGCACUACAGUUACGCAGAAGAGCUUCAUUAGCGAAUACAAUUUAAAAGUAACAAAGACUUUUACCAAGGCCGAGCUCGCCCAAAAGACUGGAAAUAUUACGGCCAUGGUACAGAUUGGCAGUGUUGGUGGGGCUCUCAUUGCCUUCAUAUUCUGUGACAAGAUUGGCCGUAUUUGGGCUACUCGUCAACUCUGUGCAAUCUGGAUAGUUGGCGUUAUCGUUUACAUCACGGCUGCAGGCAAUUACGGACAAGUUCUCGCUGGAAGAUUCGUCAUGGGUCUUGGAAUUGGCCAAACGACUGUCGUCGCUCCAGCAUACCUCGCUGAGAUUGCUCCUCGCAGUAUCCGUGGUCUUUGCAUCUGUAUUUUCAGUGGUUCGGUCUACUUAGGAAUCAUGCUGGGAUAUUUUGCCAAUUGGGGAACCUCAAUUCACAUUGCCAACAACACUUCGAAGCAAUGGAUUGAUGCAACAAUCUUGCACCUUGUUUUUGCUGGUAUUAUCUUGUUUUUGACCUGUUUCAGUCUUGAAUCUCCUCGAUGGCUUGUCAGCGUUGGAAAGGAUGAACAAGCGACUACCAACAUGUGCAAGCUUCGACAGCUAUCACCCGAUCAUCCAUAUGUGCGCAGUGAAAUGAUCGAUAUCCAUGAUCAAAUCAACCGGGAGAGAGAAGCAACUCUCGGUUCCGGAUUCUUCGGUCCGCUGAAGGAACUCUUCGUUCUCCCAAGGAACAGAUACGCGAUUCUUCUCGGGCUGGCUUGUCAGCUUAUGGGACAAUGGUCCGGAGCACAAUCAAUCACCAUCUACGCCCCCCAAUUCUUUGCUCUAUUAGGCACGACUGGCAGCUCCGAGAAACUCUUUGCUACAGCUAUCUUCGGUGUGGUGAAGUUCGUCUCCGCGCUUAUCUGUGCCUUCUUCCUCGUUGAUUUCCUCGGCCGAAAGCGAUCCCUCACAAUAGGCAUCAUCAUCCAGUUUAUUUCUAUGCUCUACAUCGCCAUUUACCUGACAGCCGUACCUUCAAUCUCGACAGGCCAGGUACAAAGCACAAUAGCAAAACAUGCCGGCACAGGAGCGAUUGUCUUCAUCUAUUUCUCUGGAGUUGGAUGGGCUCUUGGAUGGAACAGUAUCCAAUACCUUAUUGGCGCAGAGAUCUUCCCCCUACGUGUCAGAUCCCUCGGCACAUCCAUGAUCAUGUGCUUCCACUUUGUGAAUCAAUAUGGAAACUCGAAAGCUGUCCCACUGAUGCUUAUUGAUGGAUCACCAGGCCUCUCGCCUAAGGGCACAUUCUGGCUCUUUGUCGCAGUCACGGCUCUGGGAUUGGGCUUUGUCUGGUUUUUCCUUCCCGAGACUGCGGGCAAGUCGCUUGAGGGGAUGGAUGAGAUGUUUAGCUUGCCAUGGCACAUUAUUGGACGCAAGGGUGCAGAGUUGACUGCUGGAAAAGGCAGCGUUGCUGAGGCUAUUGCAAUUGGUGAUCACGAGAAGGCUGAUAUUAUGGCGCGUGAAGAACAGGUUGAGGAUGCGGAAGAAAGGCCUGCUCAUGUAUAG